CUCCGCAGUUUAGGUUUGUUGUCCGCCGAUUGAACGUGCUUUUCGUGCAAACGUCUCGGUGCGGUGUGAGUCAUUUGCCCUGUGAAUUUUUGAUAGUCGAAAGUGUUCAGUAAGUUUUUAAGUCUAUCUGUGAAUCAUGAAUUCAACAUUCAAACUAAACUCAGGACAUUUGAUUCCUCUGAUUGGAUUUGGUACGUACCAAAUUUACGGUAGUGAGUUAAUCUACGAAACGCUGGAUUAUGCGCUGAAGGCUGGUUAUCGUCAUAUCGACACUGCCGUAGUCUAUCGCAAUGAGGAGCACAUUGGAAACGCUCUGAAGAAAUUACUGCCUAAGUACAAUUUGAAGCGAGAAGACAUCUUCAUUACCUCGAAGCUAAUAUCUCAAGUAAACAAAGGCGAACCGUUCGUGGAGGAGCUCGUGUUAAAGUCAUUGGCCAAUUUACAAACUGAAUAUAUUGACCUUUACCUCGUUCAUUGGCCCGGUGUUAGCGGGCUUCAGGUAUCCCAUCCAGACAAUGUUAAGUAUCGCAAGUGUACAUGGAACGUUCUGUCUAGACUGCAUCGCGAAGGCAAGUGUCGGUCGAUCGGUGUUUCGAACUAUACCGUCAAGCACAUUCGGGAACUGCUAGCUGAUUGCAACGGCGUGCGGCCAGCUGUCAACCAGGUUGAGUGGCAUCCUCAUCAUUUUCAGCCGGAACUGCUGGAGCUGUGCCGAUCGGAGGGCAUUUUCCUGCAAGCAUAUUCCUCUCUCGGUACCUCCGGCAGCACAAGCCUCCGGGAGGACCCUGUCGUAGUGGACAUUGCAUCCCGUCUCGGCCGAUCACCAGCCCAGGUCCUGCUUCGCUGGGCUUUGCAGCGUGAGAUUGGCAUUCUGCCCAAGGCACGAUCCCAAAAUCGCAUCGAAGAAAACAUUGCCCUUAAUUUCGAAACUCCGGUGGAAGAUCUGAAACUGCUCGAUCAGCUCAGGGAUACUUGCGGUGCAAAGUAUGCUUGGGAUCCGAAUACUGUAGUUUAGUGAGCUGGUAUACUGUUUAGUUAAGCAACGAAUCGCUUUCAAUUAUCACGUGGUGCCUUUUUGUUUUAGAAUCGAUUGUUAUAUUAAUGUUAUGCUCUAAGAGGUGUACUGUUACUGUUAAUUUUCAACAAUAAACAUUCUUCACUAACACUAAA